UUCUCUUUUCACACAACCGCAACCGCAACCUUGAUAACAACUCUCAAACAGACAAUUCAAUUCCAUCCACCUUACAAUAACGACAAAACCGACACAUAGUCCACCACCCGCCCGUCACAUCCAACAUGGGUCGUGAGGAAAUGCAGGCCCGUCUCAAAGAGCUGGAGACAGAGAAGUCUGUUCUCGAGUGGGCUCUUGAAGCAAGCCUUCACGAGAAGGACGUCGACACCGACAACGAAGACAACAAGUCCGAAACUUUGUCUACCUACACUAUGGCAGACCUCCCAGCCUCAAACCCUCAAGUGGAUGAACCCCUGGUUCAUGUUUAUCCGGAUGGUCCCAUCUCCGAUUCCGAGUCUUCUAUCUCGCUUCACAGCACUGACUCCGUAGCCUCUACUAUGGCUCGUAUCAAGUUCACUCCCACCAUGCCGGCUCACCAGACCGUCCAGUCUGACCCUGCGUCUUACCGCUACGAUGGUACUGGAGUGUCUGAAGAUGGCUACGAGGAUGAGGAGACCAUCCGCGGCUCUACCAUUGGUAUUGAAAAGGAAAAGGAAAAGGAAAAGGAAAAGGAGGAUCCGGAGGACACCACUGCCACUGAUCCCAACUCUCCUCUCAACAUCACCAACCCUCAUCCGACCCUUUCCAUCUCGACCAAGUUCCUUCAGAAGGCUAUUCUCAACAGCCGCCAGCGUGGAAGUCCCUAUCUCCGUUCAUUCCUCCACCGCAAACCUGUCGACGGCAAAGCAGGUGAAUGCACCGAGUGGAAGUGGAUUCCCUUCCUUGUCUUUGGUGCCGCAGCUGAGAUUGUCGCAACCAACAUUGCCGAAGGCGACAUCGAGAUGAUCUGCAUGAAGGACACUCGCUUCACCACCAUGAUUCAGAAGAACAAGGACAUGUUCGAAGACCCUGGAAGCCUUGGUGCCAAGUCUGCUCUCCUUGAGGAGCUCAAGCCUGCCUUCAAUCGUCCUGAGGCCUGGGGCUUCCGCGUCUUGGUGUGGCGCGUCCACUCUUCGGAGAAGACUGUCUACAUGGACCGUAAGGGCUACCCUGUCCCCGGAGAGGCCGGCACUCUGCCAUUUGAUGGGCCUGAGAAUUGGAAAUAAAGGCGACUGUGAGAAGGAUGUAGAGUGAACAGAGAGCCUGGACAUCUCCGUAUGGACAAGCUUUAGCUUGUGAUGGCGCUGGAGGAGUUUUCUCCCAGUAUGUAUUUGACUGCGGACUUGACAGAGGAUUGAUUGGAGCAUGACCCAUGAGGUGAUCAGAGAUACCCAUGCCAUGACAGAGAUGCAGAAAACAGGUGUAAAAAACGGGGAGAUUGGUGUCACUGAGACAUCUUGGAUUACUACACUGGCUAGAGAUCAAUUGAUUCUUCCCAC